AUGGAAGCUUGGCGUGAAGAAGUGCAAGUUUGUACCUAUGAGCAAAGGUUUUUCGUUAUUAUGUUAUCAAACUCAGAUGAUAAUGAGAAGAUUUCUGCUUCAAACUGGUUUAUCAAUCAUCGUGCGCUGAAGUUAAUUGAUUGGUACCCAGGGUUCAAUUCGGAGAAACAAAAGACUUCCCACGCAGCUGUUUGGGUACGUUUUCCAGGGCUUCCGAUGAAGUUAUGGACAGAAAAAUCAAUUCUUUCCAUGGGAAAAAUUCUUGGAACACGAAUUGUGGUGGAUCAAAGAACCCUAAGUCUAGAAUAUGGCCACUUUGCUUCUGUUUUGGUGGAUAUUGAUUUUGCAAAACAUAUCCCUAAAUGUAUUGCUUUAACUGCAGGUGGUAGAAAAUUUUGGCAAUAUCAAGAUAUUCCUAAUGAUCCUAAGUUCUGUUUUGCUUGUAACAUUAUAGGGCACUGUGACGAUGAGUGUAAAAAGAAGAAUAGUAAUACAUCUUCGAGCAAAGUUAUAGCUAAAAAGGUUGAAAAUGUUCCAUUGGCUAACAAGAGGAAAGGUAAUAACCAACAAUGGCAGGUAAAAGAAAAGAAAGAUGAUGAAAUCGGUGGUGCAUCCAACUCUAAGGUUGAUGAGGCACAAAAAGUUGAUAAUAGGAAUGUUAAAAAAUUUGUUGCUCCAGUUCUUUUCCCUGAUGAUAAACAGUUAGAGGAGGAUCUUAAUAACUCUUUUAUUGAGUAUCGUGAAGCACAUAUCAAGCUGAUUAGGUGCAAGAAUGUUAUUGCUGCUAAAGCAGCUAUUGCUGCACGUCAAGUUGAUAAAUCCGUGAACAACUCAAACUCUGAAGUUACGGAAAGGAAUGCACAAUCAAAACAGAAUAUAGAAACUUCUGGCGCAAAGCAAAAAAAAAAACACGGAAGAAGCUGUGAUCAAACAAAAGUCCGUGCAGAAUCAGCCUGCCAUGCUUAUAUUUGUGAGGUUAUGGAGAAGGAGGAGGAACAAUUUUUAGAGAAUUCAAGUGAUUCUGAAGGUAGUAUUGGUUCGAAAGAAUGGGGUGAAGUUGAUGCAUAUAUUCUAGGAAGGAAAAACGCUAGAAAAUAG